AGCGGAAACCAGUCCCUCACUCCUCACUCUCUGCUCUCCUCCUCACUCUGGCCAGAGAACACAGACCAACAGGAGAUCUCCUCCUCUUCUCUUCAUCGCGACAACCGUAAACAGCAUAGCAAGAAGCAUGAGUCUGCAUGGUGGGAUGCAAAGAAUGGCGUUUAGUAGUGCCAGCAUGGGGGGAGGAGUGGGACACUCCAGCAUUCAAAUCUCCCAAGGCAGAAGAUUAUACUCUGGAAUUGGUGGAGAUGCUGCAGGUGGAGGUGCAAGUUAUGGUGCAAGAUUUGGAGGAGCUGGAGGAGGUGCAGGAUUUGGUGCAGGAUUUGGUACAGGUGGAGGUGCAGGUGGAGGAUUUGGAGGAGGUGCAGGGGUCGAUGACAGCCUGAUCACCAAUGAGAAGUUCACCAUGCAGAACCUCAAUGACCGUCUGGCUAACUACCUGGUCAAGGUGGCGGCACUGGAGAAGGCCAACGCCGAGCUGGAGCUGAAGAUUCGCCAGUUUGUGGAGAACAAAGUUGGUCCGACCGCCAAAGACUACAGCGCCUACCUAGCCACCAUAGCAGAUCUGCAAGGCAAGAUCCAGGACGCCAUCAUCGCCCGAGGGACCGUGAUGCUGAGCAUUGACAACGCCAGGCUGGCUCAGGAUGACUUCAGACUCAAGUUUGAAAACGAGCUGGCCAUGCGCCAGUCCGUGGAGGCCGACAUCGCGGGACUGAAGAUGCUAAUGGGAGAACUGGGCGUGGCCAAAACUGACCUCACCAUGCAGAUUGAUAGCCUGACGGACGAGUUGGCAGCCAUGAAGAAGAACCAUGAGGAGGACCUAUUGGCCAUGAGGAACCAGAUGAGCGGACAGGUGAACGUGGAGGUGGAUGCCGGACCUACAGUGGAUCUCAGCAAGAUAAUGGAGGAUCUCAGAGAGGAAUACGAGAACAUCGCUGCUAAGAACAAAAAACAGCUGGAAGCCUGGUUUGAGGAGAAGACGGCGUCUCUCAGUCAGGAAGUGGCGGCCACAGAGGUGACCCUACAGACAUCAACUACAGAAAUCAAAGACAUCAAAUCCCAGCUUCAAGCUCUGGAGAUCGAGCUCCAGUCACAGCUCAGCAUGAAAGCAUCACUGGAAGCGUCCCUCGGCGACCUUCAGAACCGAUAUGCCAUCCAACUGAAGAACUACCAAUCACAGGUGACCGCAAUGGAGGAGCAGCUGAUCCAGCUGAGGGCUGAUCUUGAGAGGCAGGCACAAGAGUACCAGAUGCUGCUGGAUAUCAAGACCCGUCUGGAGCUGGAGAUCGCUGAGUACAAGAGGCUGUUGGACGGAGAGGGCAGUGGCUCCGCCUCCUCCUCAUCCACCACCACAGUCGUUACCAAGGUGGUCCAGUAGACUAGCUGACCAAUCACACGACUGUGUGAGCUGUGGCAGGUCAGGUCUGAGCCAAUCAGCUUCGUGCAUGUUGAAACAGCUCCAGAGUUAAAAAAAAAAAAAAAAACCUGAUCCAGACAUGUUCUGCAAGACCAUCACAACUUUUGUCUGAUUUUCUAACAAAUAAAGCUUCAUGAAUGUGCCA